AUGGAGACGCCUUUGCCCUUUGGGUGGAAGCCUCUCAACAUCGACCGUUACGACAACACUGCCGACCCGGAUGAGCACGUCGAUCUGUACGUCACGCAGGUAAACCUAUACAUUAAUGAGGAUGCUAUUUUGUGUAGAGUUUUUCCAACUUCGCUCAAGGGAGCAGCACUCGCCUGGUACACUCAAUUGUUAGCAAGGUCAAUUGACAACUUCGACACUCUAGGGAGACGAUUCACGACACAGUAUGCAACGAGUCGACCUCAACACGUCACAUCAGCCGCCUUGGCCAGUCUCAAACAGGGUGACGACGAACCACUGAGGGCGUUCAUGGAGCGCUUCGCCAGCAUCUCGGUUAAGAUCCGAAACUUGAACCCCGAGGUCGCCCUACACGCCAUGGUCAUGGCGCUCAAGCCAUGA